AUGGUUUCCGCCUCCAAGGAGAAGAGACUCGCCAAGAAGGCUGCUGAGGGCAAGCUUGACAAGAAGAAGCUCGGCUCUAAGAAUGCCAGCACUACCGCCUCGUCGGUGAACGGCGACGAUGACGCCCCCGCCACCUCCGCCGAGAAGAUGGACGAGGUCAACCGCCUCGCCGCCCAGAUGGACAAGCACGGUAUCUCUGACCGUGUCACUACCGGUGUCCUGGCUUCUACCCCUACCAGCAGAGACGUCAAGAUCACCAGUGCCAGUUUGGUGUUCCACGGUCGCGUUCUCUUCAACGAUACCACCCUCGAGCUUUCCUACGGUCGCCGGUACGGUCUCCUGGGUGAGAACGGUUGCGGAAAGUCUACUCUUCUCAAGGCCAUCGCCAAGCGCGAGUUCCCUAUCCCUGAGCACGUCGACAUCUACCUCCUGAACGAGGGUGCUCCUCCCUCUGAACUCGGUGCCCUUGAGUGGGUCGUGACCGAGGCCGAGCGUGAGAUGGAGCGUCUGGACAAGUUGGCUGAAAAGAUUUUGGAGGACAACGGUCCCGAGGACCCGGUCCUCAUGGACCUCUACGAGCACAUGGAGAAGAUGGACCCCUCUACCUUCGCCACCCGCGCUUCCCUCAUUUUGACCGGUCUGGGUUUCAACAAGGUCACCAUUCACAAGAAGACCAAGGACAUGUCCGGUGGUUGGAGAAUGCGUGUCGCCCUCGCCAAGGCGCUGUUCGUCAAGCCCUCGCUGCUGUUGCUCGACGACCCCACUGCCCAUUUGGAUCUCGAGGCCUGUGUGUGGCUUGAGGAGUACCUCAAGAAGUGGGAGCGUACGCUCGUCCUUGUUUCCCACUCCAUGGACUUCCUCAACGGUGUGUGCACAACCAUGAUCGACAUGCGCAUGAAGCAGCUCCUCUACUACGGAGGUAACUACGACUCGUACAGCAAGACGAGAUCCGAACAGGAGACGAACCAGAUGAAGGCCUACCAAAAGCAGCAGGACGAAAUCGUCCACAUCAAGAAGUUCAUCGCUUCCGCCGGUACCUACGCCAACUUGGUGCGUCAGGCCAAGUCCCGUCAGAAGAUUCUGGACAAGAUGGAGGCCGACGGCUUCAUCCAGCCCGUCAUCCCCGACAAGGUCUUCACCUUCCGUUUCGCCGAUGUCGAGAAGCUGCCCCCUCCCGUCCUGUCUUUUGACAACGUCACCUUCUCCUACUCUGGUGACGCCAAGGACGACCUGUACCGCAACAUCGACCUCGGGUUCGACAUGGACUCCCGUACCGCUCUCGUCGGCCCCAACGGUGUUGGCAAGUCCACCCUGCUGCGCCUGAUGACCGGCAAGCUCUCCCCCACCAACGGUGCUGUCACCCGUCACACUCACUUGAAGCUUGGUCUGUACUCCCAGCACUCUGCCGAGCAGCUUGACCUCACCAAGUCGGCUCUCGACUUCGUCCGCGAGAAGUACAAGGAGAAGUCCCAGGACUACCAGUACUGGCGUCAGCAGCUCGGCCGCUACGGUCUGACUGGUGAGGCCCAGACCUCCCUGAUCGGUACCCUGUCCGACGGCCAGAAGUCCCGUAUCGUCUUCGCCCUGCUCGCCAUCGAGAGCCCCAACAUGCUUUUGCUCGACGAGCCUACCAACGGUUUGGAUAUCCCCACCAUUGACAGUUUGGCGGACGCCAUCAACGCCUUCAGCGGUGGUGUCAUUGUCGUGUCCCACGACUUCAGACUUUUGGACAAGAUUGCCAAGCAGAUUCUGGUGUGCGAGAACAAGACCAUCAAGCCUUGGGAGGGCACGAUAGGAGAGUACAAGAACUACCUGCGCAAGAAGAUGAUUUCGUCUGGUGCUGUCUAA